AUGGAGCUUCUCUCAACACGUGGCAAAAUCAUCCCCAACUAUAAGUGUGAUGCCAAGGACUGGGCAGUAUCUGUUAUUGCAGGACCUAACUCUUACGUCUGUCCCUUCAUGGCAAACAUCUUGAAUGUCUAUAAGAUGCCCCAGCUUCUUUAUGGAUCUGCUCCAAUAAACGAUAAUAGCGAACACACAGUUUUCUUUCAUCGUUUUUUCCCAAAUGAGGAGCUUCAGACUAAGGGGAUCCUUCAGCUGCUUUUGCAUUUAAAGUGGGUAUGGAUAGGGCUGAUUUCCCAACCUGAUGAGAGUGGACGGAGUUUUGUACGGAAUGCCCUUACACUGUUUGUCCAGAAAGGUAUUUGCUUUGCCUUCAUGCAAGAGAUGCCCAAAGAAAUUUCUUCUAAUCACAUUGAAUAUUUAUUUAAAGAUUAUGUCGCCAUGUACAAGGUUGUCAUGAACAGCACUGCCAAUGUUGUGAUCCUCUACGGUGAAAACCACGUCAUUGGCAUUUUCAGAACAUUUCCCUAUCUUUCAGAAUAUGAGGAUAUACCAGUAAAGAGAAAAGAUAAAGUUUGGAUCAUGCCAGCCCAGAUGGAGUUCACAUCAGUCCCUUUUCAAAAAAUACUGCCUUUGGACUUUAUUCAUGGUGCCAUAUCUUUUGCAGUUUCUUCCAAGGAGGUGACUGGGUUCAAACCAUUCUUGCACAUGAGAAGCCCUACUUUAGAAGAAGACGAUCAUUUAACAAGAUUGUUCUGGGAGCAGGCAUUUGAAUGUUUUUUCUUUAAAGAUACGUUAGAUGAGCAUGCUGGAGUGCUGUGCACUGGAGAGGAGAAGUUGGAGACUCUUCCUAAUUCUGUCUUUGAGACCACCAUGACUGGGCAGAGUUACAGCAUUUAUAAUGCAAUCUAUGCUGUGGCACAUGCCUUGAAAGCCAUGUUUUCAUCCAAAUACAAACACAGAGCAAGGGCGGACCAUGGAAGCCUGAUGAUUAUCAAGGAAGAAACAUGGCAGGUAUUACCACUUUCUGUAUGCAAUGAAAAUUGUUAUCCAGGCUACCUCAAGAAAAAAAUAGAUGAGAAGCCCUUUUGCUGCUAUGAUUGUCUUCCUUGUGCAAAGGGGAAAAUUUCAAACAGAUUAGAUAGAACUGGUUCUUAUGUAGUGAAAAGUGUUUUCUUGAAGAAGAUGGAAUUUUCCAUCGUAGAGAUGGCAAUGUUGUCAAUGUUACUGUCAGGAGCUACACGCCUUAUUCUGAGUACUAAAGCAUGUUCUGUGGGGAAACCUCCCAUUAUUAAGCACAAGUAUUUUCUGCCAGGAGAUAUCAUAAUGGCUGGGAUAUUAGCUCAGUUCUCCAUGAUAUGGGAUCCAGUUGGUUUCACAAGGCACCCAUCUGAAGAACUGGUUGAUGAGCUCAUUUAUCCCAUGGCAGGAUUGACUUACUUGGCUUCAAUGGAGCUUCUCUCAACACGUGUCAGAUUCAUCCCCAACUAUAAGUGUGAUGCCAAAGACUGGGCAGUAUCUGUUAUUGCAGGACCUAACUCUUACAUCUGUCCCUUCGUGGCAAACAUCUUGAAUGUCUACAAGAUGCCCCAGCUUCUAUAUGGAUCUGCUCCAAUGAAAGAUAAUAGCGAACACACAGUUUUCUUUCAUCGUUUUUUCCCAAAUGAGGAGCUUCAGACUAAGGGGAUUCUUCAGCUGCUGUUGCAUUUAAAGUGGGUAUGGAUAGGGCUGAUUUCUCUACCUGAUGAGGGUGGACGGAGUUUUGUACGGAACGCCCUUACACUGUUUGUCCAGAAAGGUAUUUGCUUUGCCUUCAUGGAAGAGUUGCCCACGGAAACGUUUUCUAAUCACAUUGAAUAUAUAUUUAAACAUUAUAUUGCCAUGUACAUGGUUAUCAUGAGCAGCACUGCCAAUGUUGUGAUCCUCUAUGGUGAAAACCACGUCAUUGGCAUUUUCAGAAUAUUUCCCCAUCUUUCAGAAUAUGAGGAUAUACCAGUAAAGAGAAAAGACAAAGUUUGGAUCAUGCCAGCCCAGAUGGAAUUCAUGUCAGUCCCUUUUCAAAAAAUACUCCCUUUGGACUUUAUUCAUGGUGCCAUAUCUUUUGCAGUUUCUUCCAAGGAGGUGACUGGGUUCAAACCAUUCUUGCAGAGGAGAAGCCCUACUUCAGAAGAAGAAGAUCAUUUAACAAGAUUGUUCUGGGAGCAGGCAUUUGAAUGUUUUUUCUUUAAAGAUAAGUUAGAUGAGGACGCUGGAGUGCUGUGCACUGGAGAGGAGAAGUUGGAGACUCUUCCUAAUUCUGUCUUUGAGACCACCAUGACUGGGCAGAGUUACAGCAUUUAUAAUGCAAUCUAUGCUGUGGCACAUGCCUUGAAAGCCAUGUUUUCAUCCAAAUACAAACACAGAGCAAGGGCGGACCAUGGAAGGCUGAUGAUUAUCAAGGAAGACACAUGGCAGCUCCAUCCUUACCUGAGAACAGUCUUAUUUAACAACAGUGUUGGGGAAACAGUUUUCUUUAAUGAAAAGGGGGAAUUGGGAACUGGAUUUGAUAUCAUCAACUGGAUAACAUUCCCAAACAAAACAUUUCUUAAAGUCAAAGUUGGAAAGGUAGACCCAUUGACUUCUCAAGAAGAGUCUUUCAUGAUUUCUGAAGAAAACAUCAUCUGGCCGACCAUGUUCAACCAGGCAUUACCACUUUCUGUAUGCAAUGAAAAUUGUUAUCCAGGCUACCUCAAGAAAAAAAUAGAUGAGAAGCCCUUUUGCUGCUAUGAUUGUCUUCCUUGUGCAAAGGGGAAAAUUUCAAAUAGAUUAGCUUUGGUGCUGAGGAUCUUCAUUAAAGAGUGGGAAACCCCCAUAGUCAAAGCCAACAACAGGAAUCUCACCUGUACUCUUCUCAUUGCUCUCCAGCUAUCUUUCCUCUGCAGUUUUCUUUUCAUUGGACAACCUGAUCAAGUGAAAUGUCUCAUGCGACAAACUGCAUUUGGCAUCAUCUUCUCUAUAGCCAUUUCUUGCAUUUUGGGUAAAACAACCAUAGUGGUUCUUGCUUUCAUGGCCACCAAACCAGGAUCCCAAAUAAAGAAAUGGGUAGGAAAAAGGCUUGCCAACUCCAUUGUCCUUUCUUGCUCUGUGAUACAAGUCACAAUUUGUGUUGCAUGGCUGGCAAUUUCUCCCCCAUUUCCAGAUUCAGACACACACUCCAUGGCUGAAGAAAUUGUACUAGAAUGUAAUGAAGGAUCAGCCAUCAUGUUUUAUACUGUUCUGGGCUUUAUGGGGUUCUUAACUGCUAUCAGUUUCAUGGUAGCCUUCCUAGCUAGGAAGUUACCUGAUAGCUUUAAUGAAGCCAAAUUCAUUACCUUCAGCAUGCUGGUGUUUUGCAGCGUUUGGUUAACAUUUGUUCCCACCUAUCUGAGCACCAAGGGAAAGUACAUGGUGGUGGUGGAGAUCUUCUCUAUUCUGGCUUCAGCAAUGGGGUUGCUUGGCUGUAUCUUUUUCCCAAAAUGCUAUAUUAUUCUUCUGAGACCUGAUUUAAACAGAAAGGACAAACUUAUUAAAAAAAACUGA